GUCUUAUUUCACUGGACUAGAGUAGUAUCGAAUCAGCUCAGUGAACAAACACAUUAAAAUGUUCUCCCGAGUUCUGAAGCCAACUCUAGUUCUAAGCAGGAGUGUGACCACUUCCGCAUCCCUGCGCUACAAGGAUCCCAUUUACCAUAUUUUCCUGGACAAGGUGCGUGAGUACCGCCUGAAGAGUCCCACCGGAAAGCCCAUAGAUCCUGGUCCGGAAUACGAGGCGGAACUGAAGGAGUCCCUGGAGCGCCUGGCUCUGCAAUACGGUGGUGGUGAGGGCGUGGAUAUGCUGGCUUUUCCCAAAUUCAAGUUGCCCGACAUAGACAUUGAUCCCAUUUCGGUUUUGGACUUACCUGAGAACCAACCGAAGCCCGAGAAAAAAGAUUCCAAAACAGGGGAUGACGAAAAGAAAGAUCAGCAAGUUAAGGCCAAAGAUGAUAAGAAAACCAAGACAGGUGAUAAAGAAGUGAAAGGCAAGGGCGAUAAGAAGGCAAAUGAAUCAAAGGGCAAGGACGAUAAGGACAAGAAAAAGUAGAGCCCAAAAAGAAAAUAUUUAUUAAAAAUUAUUAUUGAACAUGUAGCAACUUUUUUCUUAAAAAAAUAAUAUAAUAAAUAAAAAAAUAUAACAUUCA